UAUGAAGUGGGGAGGAAAGGGGGCAAACGGAGAAGCAGAACAAGAACGCUGGAGUUAGGCGUGGAGAGUCGUUUCUACACGAAUCGACCGCCACUGGCUGAGGGAAGAAUGCUUGAAAAUAAAAAAGACAGGCUGAAAACCUUCCUGAGGAAGAUCGACGAGAAGGCCAUCGUGAGAAUAAAGCACUUCAUGAAGGAGAGCAGCUACCCAGUGGAAGGUGGUGGUGGACUGCCAGCCAAAGCCAAGAAGAGCAGGAGCACCCUGAGCAAUGGCAGCAUCAAGAAGGUGGAGGCGAGGAAAGCCUUGAGUUUAGAGGCUGCCCAGCUCGAGAUCCAACAGCAACACAAAACUCUCACCAGACAAGUAGCCAUCAGGUCGGAGACAUUUGAAGUUGACAGCAGAAGCUUCGAGAGGACAGACGGUACUGGCACACAAAGUAGCUUCACAAAACACAACAAGACAUUCCACAGGUUGUUUCCAGACAUUCCUGAGAGUGAAGACUUAAUACAUGCAUACAUCUGUGCCCUGCAAAGGGAAGUGCCAUAUCAUGGCCGACUCUACAUCACUGAAACCUAUGCCUAUUUUUAUUCCUCAGUUUUGCUCAAGGACACCAAGGUUAUAAUUCCAGUUUCCUCCAUCCGCACAGUCAAGAAGCAGAAUACAGCUUUGCUGGUACCAAAUGCCUUGUCGAUUCGUACCACAGAAGGAGAAAAGUACCUCUUUGUGUCGCUGCGGAACAGAGAAUCGUGUUACCAGCUGCUGCGCUCCAUUUGUCCUCAGGUAGAGGACCGUAGCACAAACAGUAGCCCCAUCUUCUCAGGCGAAAACAGCUUUGAAAAGAACAAACUUGUGAACUCCAGCCAGUCCAGUUUGGACGACAGCUUCGACCACACAGAUGGUUCUGGAACUCCAUCUUUGCAGGACCAGCCUCACAGAGAAGCAGUGCCUAAUGGAAACUGUUCAGCUUUCAGGAGCCUGCACAUGCAGGAAAGUGACAGCUCAUCCUCAGAGGAGCUCUCAGAGUCAGGUGGAUCGUGGGUGUGGAAUGUGACGGAGAAAGCCAAGUCUCUGCUGGUUCAGAGGGAGGCCAGCACCGUCAACACCCUUCUCUUCAUUUACUUGAUUUUGGUUGUGCUGCUGCUUCUGUCUUCGGGUUACAUCGCUCUGCGAAUUGUGGCCCUUGAGGAACAACUAACAUCCCUCGGUGCUCUGCCAGAGUUCACUUUACAGAACGGGUAUCAUAAAGAAACGUAACAGUCGGCAAUGGAGAGCAAGAUUGGUGGACUCAUGACUGGAAGAUCUUCUCAGCAGAACUCAAAGGGCAACCUUUAAUGUACUCAGACUUUGAUCUCAACAUGGCCUGUGCUGUUACACAGAGAGAGUGGCCAACCAGUGCAAUUUCAGAGAUGUUAACUUGAAAAGCUACACUUCCUCCUUGUGCGAUAAACUAAAGGACAUGCCACAGCUUUGUCACCCAGAGCCAAGCCAAAACUGUUCUCACACUGCCUGGUUGCAGCGUGACCGUUAAUACCAAAGCCAAAUGGCUCAAACCCUGCAAGGUGCCACACUAGCCAAGUUGUCGGGCACUUGCAGAAAGUGUUCCACAUCUGUGAAUUUUCCGUUGCCCAUUGUCCUCUUCUCCCUGAGCAUGCAGUCUGAAUAGGGCUAUACCAGUCAGCAUUAGCCUGCUGUAGUGCUUUUUACUGCACCUCAAUACUGGAGACAUAAUGCUAUGCAUAGCCAAAGAUGCGCACAGUGCACAUCUUUUGCAUGAGCGCACGAGGAUGACUUUCUCUCUCUUCUCUAACCUCUUAUCGCUAAACCGUAUGUUCAGUCCUGUCUCCAUCUUUACAUUCAGAAAGUUUUUGGUUCAACUGGUUUUAAACUUUUGUGAUCUGGUGUGGGAUGGAAUGACUAAAAUCUUAAAUGUAGCUCAAUCCACCGAGGCUCCAUGAUUUCCUGAUGGUCUUAUCCUUUCUCUCUCUCUCAAAUCAGUAAUGAUUGCAGUAUUACUUUCCUCGUCUUUGGCAUGAUUUAAACUUGUUUAAUGAUCAUUGCUCAGUUUUCCUUCCAGUCUCUGCUGGAUGAAUGCAUCAGUGCACAAGUACUUAGCACAACAAGACACAAGAAGGUUGUCUCAAAGGUGUAGACCUGCUUUCUCAACAGUUUUCCAUGACUUUAGUCUUUGAGACUGGGUUUUAAUUCUGUCUGGUUGAAAUGUUUUAACUGUGCCACCUACCAGGAAAACUAGCAUUUUGUGCUAAAGCACAAACCUUUCAGAGACUGGCGUCUGGAGGACUAAUCACUGGUAAUGUAUUUUAAUGCAUGUGUCUGCAGGCAUCGACACUCGACUGAAACUGUUCAUACAUUUCGCUCCUAUCAAAGGAAACUUUAUACCCACAUUUCCUGUAAGGUCUUGAAUUUUCAAAAGCAAAGCAAAUGGUCCUAAAAAGGAAAUUUCAAUAUGCAACAAAAUAUGCAUGAAAAAUAAGUAAUUUAUGUUUGUGUGCUGUUUUUAAGUGAAGCUUUCGUGUUGGUCAGGAAGAAAUGGUUUUAAAAGAAAUGAGUGAGGAACAGCUCAAGUGAGCGAGCGCACUUUAAAAACGUGUUGUGCCUGUCGCCAUCCAACACGUCUCUGUUUGAUUGGUGGGAGAAAUGGUAAAGCUGGCAUUCUGUGGGAUUUGAUUGUGCUCAGUUUUGUUUUAUUACAAAUUAAUUUCACUCAGGGU